CAGUGUUUUCAGCCAUGUUUCAGCACCCCACGAAAGAGAUGCAAACCAGCGAGUUGGAAGUAGAGGACGUAAAUCCCGAUGUCUUUCAAGAAGUUCUUCGUUAUUUGUACACCGGCCUGACACGAUCGACCACCAUGGACGUUAUGGCGCCAGGACGUUUUGCCGCUGCCGACAAAUAUUUGCUGGAAAUAUUAAAAAUUCGAUGUGAAACUCAUUUGAUUCGCCAAAUGUCUGCCAUGAACUGCCUGGAUUUGCUGACCCUCACCACCUACCAUCCAGCGGAGUACCUCAAGAAGUUUGCCAUCGAGUACUUCCGCAGUUAUCCAAAUGAAGUCGUGGGAACGCAUAACUGGAAAAAGCUGAAGGAAGAAAAUCCGGCGUUGUUGUGCGACUUGCAGCAGAUGGUUCUCACCGCUCCGACUGAUUAGAAAUCUGUCCUUUUUUCUAUUACUAUUUUCAUAACACGGAAUCAUUCUUCUGGAGAAAUUCAGCCUUCAUUUUCAGUUUAAUUUCUUUCUCAAAUCAAGACAAGCAUAUUUGGUUGUG